AAAUUAUAAAUAACUCCACGAAUAUUUUAUUUAUUCAAUUGCAUUACUCAAGAUAAUUAGAUGAUGACAAGAGUCGAUCGAAACAAAGAUCGGAUAUGUUACGCUUCAACGAAACCACACAAUCAAAUAAUUUCUAGAACGUAAUAUUCUAAUGUUACUACUUAAGUGGUCUUGUAUAAGUUUCAUUUAACAGAUACAUAUUUGGCCGCAAUAAAAUAUAUAUUUUUACAUUGUAUUUGCAGAGAAUGUAAAAACUUUUGAAUCUAUAAACUUGAAAAUUUAGCAGUACAGAGUUUUCGAACUUUAUAGAUCAUCCGUGAGUGUACGCCAUUUGUACGCCUUGCAAGUACAGUUGCCUAUCACUUCUCUAAAGUCUCUUCAUUAAAUUAUAAUUACCUGAAUUGAUCAAUCAAGGUUAAAGCAACUUAUACUGAAAACCUGAUUUGUUCACCCUAAGAAUAUUUCCGACAGUCAUUGAUAACACGUAACAGUUCAAGACUGUUACGAGUAAAAAGAUAUGAAUUAUCCAUUGAAUGAUUGGUAAGAAAAUUAGUAUUAGCAAUUGAUCACGCGUGAAUUUUUUUCUGACAUACAUGUUGUGGCCAGUCGGUCGUUAUGGAUACAUGUACUACAAACCAUCGUACGGAUCGUACACGUCGUAUACACCUUGUUUUCAUACAUGAAUGUAUCCUCCUCCUUACACGAGUGUGAUCCAAUGUGUGUAGGUCUAUAUAGAAUACGCCACGAGAAUCCCAUACUGUCACUUGCCUUCCGGUCCUCUUCAGAGGGACCACGAAUGUUUCUUUCAUUUUUAUCGUAUCAAGAUUUCCUUAAAAAACCGCUGAUCACGGUUUUAUUCCAAUUCCCUGGAAAUUAAGGGAUGUUCUUUAACAGACCACAAAGUGCGACGACGAGACACGAGACUGAGCUGAUCCAGAAGGCCCAACGGGCCAUACAUACAGUCACGGAUUCCAUAGAGAAACUUCGUCUCCUCUGCCUGGCCAGAGGUGCCAAUGGCAUCAUUGGUUUGGGUAGAGCGUUCCGUCGCAUGGACGAUGAUGGAAACAAAAAACUGAAUCUAGAAGAAUUCAUAAACGGCAUACACGAAACUGGUUUGGAAAUCUCAGAUGAAGAGAUUCAGGAAAUUUUCAACAAAUUCGACACAGACAACGAUGGAAGCGUCAGCGUCGAUGAAUUCAUCGUUGCCAUACGACCUCCUAUGUCUCAAAGCCGUAAGAACGUGGUGGAUCAGGCUUUCAAGAAAUUGGACAAAACUGGAGACGGAGUGAUUACGAUCGACGAUCUACGAGGUGUUUACAAUGUCAAAUCUCAUCCACGGUAUAUAAGCGGGGAAGAGAGCGAGGAGAGUAUAUUGAACAGAUUUUUGGCAAACUUUGAGCAAAACAACACCACAGAUGGCACUGUAACAGAGGAGGAAUUCAUGAACUAUUACAGCGCAAUUAGCGCGAGCAUCGACCAUGACGCGUAUUUUGACUUGAUGAUGCGGAACGCAUAUAAGCUUUAAAUGCGCAACGCACCGUUUCGAGAUAAAUUAUCAUUCUGCCAGUUCGUUUCUGUGGCUUCAACAUGUGGCCACUAUCAGCACACAGUUACUAUUAAUCUUAGGUCAAUUUUCUAGCAAGGAUGCCAAGCUUUCGCGGUUAAUGUCAACCUUUAAACAAUUCAUUGUGAUUUCUUGGAGGUCGGUUGUAAUGCCAAGUGGUAUAGAUGUUCACACAGCUGCUUGUAGCGCCUACUAAAAAAUUUAUUUACAAGUUGAUGAAACUAUAAUCGAGCAUAGUGGUGUCAUUUAAUAACGUGUAAUUACUGUAAAGUUGAUCUACGCUAGAACGAUGACUGCAGCAGUUCCAUAAAAAAAAACAGUGAAAAAAUGCAAAGAGUGAUAAAUAAUAUAUAGCAUAUUUCAAGAUAAUUUGCAAUGUCGUUUAAAUUAUUUAAUCUCGUAAAUAUUUGAAAUUAUUCUUAUCUUUGGAAAAUGUAUAAAAUAUUGAUGUGCAUACUUCUUACCUCGGCAAGAAUGAAUUUGAAAGUUUCUGCGCCAAGUUGUUUACUUAAGCAUGUACAUAUAGACGCGUGAAAUGUGUGCGUUGUGCAUUGCACGCAAGGACAGAAGUUGGUUACAGGGUCCAAUACAGUAAAGUAAGAACAUGUAUCCACACUGUAAAAUAAUGUGCGUAUGUACAUACACAUAUGGAAGCGAUUCAUACAAAAUUACACUGUGAUUACCUUCGACAGUUCCGACUACGAAUUUUUAAUUCCUCAGGCGUAACUUCUUGCACUGUAAUCUAAUAAUUUUUUAAUUCGUAUCACUUUAAAUAAUAAAAUGUUAUUAUAAUCGUACGUGAAUAUGUUAAUAUGUAUGUUAAAACCAAUACACGUUGAAUGUGAUCAA